AUGGCGGACAUGGUCCAGGAGAUCGUCGUCGCGAAGCCCGUCUCUCCGGUGCAGUUCAUGAUUGACUACCUCGCGGUGGGCUCGUCGCUGUGCCAGCAGGACAAGUACGGCCUGAGCAUGAUGAGGCGGGCGCGGCUGAUGAAGAUCUUCAAGGCUUGGGAUAAGAAUCAGGACAAGACGGUGGACCUCAAGGAGCUCAGGGCGUUCACCAGGAAGCACGGGGGAAACGCAGUCACGCAGGACGAGCUCAAGGACAUAUUCAUGGACAUGGACGAGAGCGGAGACAGCAAGGUUGACGAGGACGAGUUCCUCAAAUUCUUCUCGCUUAGCGUCAAGCGGAUGGACGACGACGAGUUCGAGCAGAUGAUCCAGGACAUGCUGCAGUAA